AGAUGCGUACAAUUGAAUAAUUUCUAUUUAUUUUGUUCUUGCUUCCAAGUUCAGCUAACGAAGUGAAGCCCAGCCCAGAAUCAGGAUAAAGACAGAAACGUUCUUCUCCUGGAAGAGGUCCGUGGAUGCGGUGCUUCUAGCUUUGCAGUCCAUGGAGUCCUCUUCAUCGUCGACUUCGUCGAAUUUUCUAUCUUUUUGGAAUUAUCUCAAUCUGCUACUAGUCCGUCCGAUUAUCGCAAUCUUUUUCGUCCUCUCCUUCAUUUUUCUAUGGUGGUGGUUGGCAUGGAAGUUAGUUCUGGUACACGUGCCACUGGUUCAAGAAAUUUUCGGUCUGAGGAAAAAACCGGUUAAACCAAAGCCGCCGACUCGUCGAUUAUCCAGAUAUUAUAACAGCAUCAACGCUCAAAGUUCUUCUUCUCAGUAGUACCUGGGGUAAUACGAUUUUCAUCCACAAUCUGAGUGCACCUUUUGUGAUGAUAGCAGCCAUAAAGCUCUGUUUUCAAAUGAUGGAACCUAACUGAAUGCUGGUGGUUUACAAUCCAGAAGACAGCUCAGAGCGCAGGAGAUCAAAAUUCUUCAUCUCCUUCAUGCUUUGAAGGACCAGAAUGGAUCUCAGUUCUAAAAUAGCAAAAUGCAAACUUGUUAAUUGUUUGAUGUAAAUGAAGGAAUUGACAUUACACUUUACGACAUCAAGAGGAUUGGAGAAUGUAGUUUUUGCUUCUGUAAAUAGAUUUUAAUUGGUUGUAAAGAUUUGGGUUCUUGAAAAUAUACGUGAUUAACAAAAGCUCGCUAA